AUGGGAACCUUUAAGAUCCUCCUCACGCUGGCGAUGGUGACAACGGCGCUGUCGCUGCCGACGCUGCCGACGCCGCUGAAGCCGGAAGGCGCCCCGGACCGGCCGGCGCAGCCCGCCGCCCACGCAAGUCCUGAUGUCGCUGUCUCUGUCGAACCUAAGUCUCCUGGCGAAUCGAAACAGGGAGAACGCCUGGAAGGCGUCCGGUCAGUGAGCAAUGACCCCUCUCUGACGACCAAGAAACAGAGUGCGAGCGACGGCGCUGCUGUUCAAGCCACUCAGCACGUCGACACUCAUGACACAUCGGGUAAGGACUCCGUUGUUCAGCUUAAAAAGUCAGUAAAGCUGAAUAACGAUGAAAGCCCCGCAUUAGUCAAAGACGAAGCUAAAAGCGAGACGAAAGACACUGUUUCCCAUGACAAGCCUCUCGAGAGCCCAAAUGUUGAACUCGGCAACGAUGCCAGCACUGCUAGUCCUUCAGCAGACAAGCCACAAGAGCCUGCAAAGCCGUUGAAGGGAAUAAUAGAGGAUGUGAGAGAUUUUGGAACUCCGAAUGACGCUGUUGAACUGCCCAAGGACGUCACCUUGUCUGAUGACAACAGAAAAGCUCAUCCAACCACUACUGACGAUGAACAAAAACCUACCGACAAGGUUGAAUCAACGCCUAUGGUACAUGAUGUACCAAACACUGAGCUUACGCCAGGGCACCUAGAAUCUACAAAUACCAACGCCGAUGUUACUAGGCAAGUAGAAUAUGCUGUUACUGAAGAUGGCAAAAAGUCGAGCGAGGCUUCUACUGUGACUCCACAUGAGGUCACUACAUUGACCUCUGCAACACAUGAAAACCGUCCAGGAAGUUACCACAAAAUUAGCAAACGCGAGGACACUAAGCACGAUUAUGAAAAAGACACUAUAGCUCAUGCUAUAAGUAACACUGGCAGUCCUAAAACCAAAGUGUCCAAGUCAGAUGUAUCAAAGCCCGCACACGUCAAGAUGGACGCGCACAAGUCCACUAAGCCACACACCAAAACUAUACAGGAAACUGCUGACGAAAUGAAGCCUACAGGUUUUAAAACUUCCAGGGAAAUUGCCAGCCCAGAUACACCAGAAAUAAAUGCUCAGGAAAUAGACAUUGCAGAGGCCAAGCAGUCACCCGACACAGUCGUGAGUGGCGCCAGCCAAGUGGACCCUGCGACACAAGUUUCUCCUGUAGUUUCGCCAGCCUCCGCACCUCAAGCCGCAGUUCCAACAGCCGACGCGGAAACGCCACAGGACAAACCAUCAACGUCGACCACUAACACCGCCAAAAAUCAAACGGCGACUACAACUGAAAGUGGCGGUGGCUUUAAUCCUUUUGGACCGAUCAGAAGUGUCUUUCAGCCCAUCAUUGACGCUGCAGCUUCCGUUAGGGAUCAGAUACGACCAGUAAUCGGAGCUGCACUCUCCCCUGUUUUAGGUCCACUCAGUCCCGGAAAAGGCGGAGCGGCGCAAAACGCCUCCGCUACUACAGUUGAGCAGCCAUCAGCGUCGGAAGGUAGUGCGACGUCUCCGGCAAGCCCCACCGGUGAUGAAGAGCCACACAGGGAAACACAAACUGUUGUCCCUGCUGAUACAGCUUCAUUGACGACUGUUCAGGAUAGCGCAGCUCCUGAGGUCAGAACAGAUGAGACCGGCGCUGCGACGGACGCCAAAACAGUGGCUCUCCCAGCCCUGGAGGUCAAUCGCAACGGAUCCCAGACCCCACCGAGCCCAUUCCCGGUGCCUUUCGAUCCGAUUGCCGCGAUCAAUCGAUUCACCAAGCCAGCAGUGGAGGCUGCUACCAACGUACGUGACCAAGUGCGACCCGUCUUCGAAGCCGCCGUGGCGCCCAUCGUGGACGCGCUGAACCCGACCAAAGAAGCUACAGACUCCAACACCCCAGUCGGUUCUGCUGAGCCGCAGCUGCGGGCAUCGGACGACAUGCCCGAGAUCGCGGCCGAAGAGCCGGUGCAGCCGCACAAGCGUCGCUACUCCAAUUACAAGCUGUUUUCCGUUUACAUCGGUAAUGACACUACAACCUUGGAUGUCAUCAGCGCACUCAGAGAAAACAUGGAGGUUGACUUUUGGAGUGCGCCCACACUGAAUCGCAAUGUGAGCAUCCUCAUUCCUCCGGAACUGGUUGAAAAAGUACAAAAUAUACUCAAGAACGCUGGCAUAGAGUUCCACGUCAUCACGGACGACAUACAACGGUGGAUAGACAGAGAAGACGAAGAAAAUCGACCUGGUGUUUUUUUAGAACAGAGAGAUAUAACACACUACGCUUUUGACAAAUAUCACCGUGUCGAAGAGAUAACAGGGUACUUGGACCUCUUGGCACAAAAGCACAGCCACAUUGCCACAGUGAGAAACAUCGGAAUGACCCAAGAAGGAAGGCCGAUCAAAGGAGUGAUUCUGAGCACCGGAAGUAACCGGCCGGUCCUUUGGUUCGAUGGCGGCAUCCACGCGCGCGAAUGGGUAUCACCGGCGUCGCUGCUUUACUUUCUGCACAAAAUGACAACGGGCUAUGGUUCAGACAGCACCAUCACGACGCUUUUGCAGACCUUCGACUUCUACAUCUUCCCUGUCGUUAAUCCCGACGGAUAUGCCUAUACUUUCACGUCGGAUCGCCUUUGGAGAAAAAACAGAUCUGGUGGUAGGCGAGGAUGCAGAGGUGUCGAUCCCAACAGGAACUUUGGGUCAGCUUUCGGAGGCGCUGGAACAAGUGGUCAUCCGUGCUCAGAUAUCUAUCGAGGCGCGCAGGCAUUUUCUGAGGCUGAAAGUCGUGCCAUACGUGACGCCGUUCUCGAGCUAGGAUCUCGAAUAAAAGGGUAUGUCACAGUCCACUCGUACAGUCAACUCAUCAUGGUACCGUAUGGGCACGGCCGUGGCACCUAUACCAGGGAUUAUGCCGACCAGAUAUCAGCAGCACGGGCUGUCUCCAGAGCUAUACAGAUCCGUUCUGGCGUAUACUAUCAAGUGGGAACCAUUUCAAGCCUUCUAGGUUCUGCAGCUGGGUCGUCUAGCGAUUGGGUCUACGACGGCGCAAAAAUCAAAUACUCUAUAGCUGUCGAAUUGAGGGACAAGGGACGCUACGGCUUUUUAUUGCCGAAUUUCCUCAUUGUGCCAACAGCAGACGAAGCAUCAGAGGGCUUCAAAGCUUUCGCCAAGUUCGUCGCUAGAAGAGAGCUCAACAAGUCCAUGCACAAGCUCGUAAGAGCCUACCUUAACUCUAUGUCCUCCGUCGAGUUGCUUCGAAACCUGCAGACGAACAACACUCAUAUAUACGGAUUCCUGGAUUCAUCGGCCCAGAAGUUUCCCAACCUCGUCAGCCGUGUCACCAUCGGAAAAACGGAAGAUGGAGCUGCGAUUCGUGGAGUCAAGAUCAGCUCCGGGGGCAACUCCAGCCGGCCAGCCAUAUGGAUCGACAGCGGUAUCCACGCCCGCGAAUGGAUCUCCACAGCCUCAGCGCUGUACAUCAUCGACCGCUUGCUGAAGAACUACAACGACAGCGACGACGUUACGAAAUUGGUUGACACCUUCGAUUGGUACAUAUUUCCUGUCAUCAAUGCGGACGGAUACAAGUACACCUGGACCACUCAUCGGCUGUGGCGAAAGAACAGGGUCAGAAACGUGGGAAGCCUCUGCCGUGGAGUGGACCCGAAUCGAAAUUUUGACGUGCGCUUUGGCCUGGCAGGUUCGAGCGCCAAUCCCUGCGCGGAAAACUUCGCCGGCACGUAUCCGUUUUCGGAGCCCGAGAGUCGGGCCAUCAGAGACGGCAUCAACAACCUCAAGGACAGACUCAAGGCGUAUAUCAACCUGCACUCGUACAGUCAAAUGGUCAUGAUACCAUACGGCUACUCCAAGGGAUACACCAGCGACUACAAGUCCCAGUACGAGGCUUUGGAGAAGUUGGUGACUGCUAUCAGAAAGCGGAACAGCGCCUUUUAUCGCCACGGCACAGCAGGACAGACAUUGUACAUCACGUCGGGUGCAGCACUGGACUGGGUGUAUGACAAGGCCAAGGUGAAGCACACGUUCGUCGUCGAGUUGCGCGACCGUGGCCUGUUCGGCUUCAUCCUGCCGCGCGAGUUCAUCACGCCGACGGGAGACGAGCUUUUCAGUGGUGUGAAGGCCCUCGCCUUCCACAUCAUCAAGGCCGAACUGAAAUCCCGAUGAACGCUUGCUGUGGCGCCCCGACACAUCGCAGGUGUCGGUCUGCAGACAAACCCCGCCAUCUGCUCACGCUAUUUGCGCCUCCUGUUCUUAACUUUUGCAGAAAAGUUCGAAGUGUGCAGAAACUGCACGAUGGCGCUGUUGAGAAUUUAGAGC